GCAGAGCCCAUGCGCACAGCGUUGGGGUGGAGUCGGCAUCGCCAUCUUGAGCUGAAGUGUCCUGGGCAGCGUAUCUCCACCAGGCAGCUGGCCAAAGUGCCCUGUUGCUCGAAGUGAUUCUUUGCUGGGAACACUAAUCCCAUGUGUUAGGUAUGAGGCCUCUGCUCACUGUCCGUGACAGGAAAAUGAAACUAGACUAACCCAGAGGAAGAGCAUCAGCUUGGCCUCUUCGCUCAACUGGACCUUGCCUCUAGGCUAAGUGGGCAACAUGAGCGGCAACAACUUGGAUGUGAACGACAAGUUUGAUGAGCAGUUGCGAGUGCAAGAAUGGUACAGAGACACCAAGGACAACGGCACUGAGAAAGAUCCCGGUGCAGAAACCGAUUCUUUCAGACAGCAGCCGACUGACACCCCAUACGAAUGGGACCUAGACAAGAAGGCUUGGUUCCCCAAGAUCACUGAAGAUUUCAUUGCUACAUAUCAGGCCAAUUAUGGCUUUUCUAAUGAUGGUGCAUCUAAUUCUACUGCAAGUGUCCAAGAUGUCAGUGCUAGGACUGCAGAAGAACCUCCACAAAGACAACCCCCUGAUCCCAGUGAUCCGAAAAAGAAGGGAGAAAAGAGAAAGACUGAAUCAGGAUGGUUUCAUGUUGAAGACAACAUAAAUACAAAUGUUUAUGUGUCUGGUUUGCCUCCAGACAUUACAGUGGAUGAAUUUAUACAGCUCAUGUCGAAGUUCGGCAUUAUUAUGAGAGAUCCUCAAACGGGAGAAUUUAAGGUCAAGCUUUACAAAGGUGAUCAAGGAAAUCUUAAAGGAGAUGGACUUUGCUGUUAUUUGAAGAGAGAAUCUGUGGAUCUGGCAUUAAAACUUUUGGAUGAAGAUGAAAUUAGAGGCUACAGAUUACAUGUGGAGGUGGCAAAAUUUCAGUUGAAGGGAGAAUAUGAUGCCUCAAAGAAGAAGAAGAAGUGCAAAGACUACAAGAAAAAGCUGUCUAUGCAACAAAAGCAGUUGGAUUGGAGACCUGAGAGACAAGCUGGCUCAUCUCGAAUGCACCAUGAGCGAGUUGUCAUCAUCAAAAACAUGUUUCAUCCAGUGGAUUUUGAGGAUGAUCCACUGGUGUUGAAUGAAAUCAGAGAAGACCUUCGAGUAGAGUGUUCAAAGUUUGGACAAAUUAGGAAGCUCCUUCUCUUUGAUAGACACCCUGAUGGUGUGGCCUCUGUGUCCUUUAGGAGUCCAGAGGAAGCUGAUUAUUGUAUUCAAACCCUCAAUGGAAGGUGGUUUGGUGGGCGUCAAAUCACUGCCCAAGCGUGGGAUGGAACUAUGGAUUGUCAGGUGGAGGAGACCACAAGAGAAAGGGAGGAAAGGCUGAGAGGAUGGGAGGCUUUCCUCAAUGCUCCUGAGGCCAACAGAGGCCUGCAGCAUUCAGAUUCCAUCCGUGCUCCAGAAAGGGCAGGGCCUUCUAGAGUUAGGCAUUUUUCUGGGCAUCCUGGCACAUCUCAAACAAAUGUUCAAGAAGCUGUAACUGAAAUGGCAUUUGAAGAACCUAUAGAUGAAAAGAAGUUUGAAAAAAUGGAAGAUGGGGGAGAAGUUGAAGAAGCUACUUCUGAAAAAGAUGCUAAAGAAAGUGGCCCUGAAAAAGAAGCUGAAGGUUCCCGAGAAGAAUCUGAAGAAAGCUGCCUUGAAAGAGAGUCUAAGGCAGCCUGUCCCAAAAGAGAGCAUGAAGAAGACUUCCCAGAGACAGAGUCUGGAGAAGGCAACCCUGAGAACGAGCAUGAAGAGGGUAAUCCUAACAAAGAGUCAAAAGAGACUGUCCCUGAAAGAGAAUCCAAAAAGAAGAAACUCAAAACGGAUCCUGACAAGAAUGGCCAUGAGAAGGAGUCUGAAGAAGAAGGCUCUGGCAAGGAGUCGGAGGGGGAGGCCAGCCCCCAAAAGGUGGCUUCUGAAGAUGACAACUCAGAACAAGAGUCUAAAGACUGCUCAGAAAAGCAGUUUGAAGAUGGCUCUGAAAAAGAGUUAGAAGAAAAUGGCCUUGAGAAAGGUUUUGAGGAAGAUGCCUCUGACAAGGAAUUUAAUGAAAAUAUUCCGGAAAAAGGGUUAGAAGAAAAUGAGUCUGAAAAAUCAGAAUUCGAAGAUGACAGCUCUGAAAAAGUGUUUGAUGAAGAAGGCUCUGAGAAAGAGUUUGACGAAGAGUCAGAUGAAAAGGAAGAAGAAGAGGAUGCAUAUGGAAAGGUAUUUGAUGAUGAAUCAGAUGAGGAGGACGAAGAAGACACAGAAGAAAAGGAACUUGAAGAUGCUGAUGAAAAGGAUGAAGAAGAUGAUGCAGAUGAAAAGGUCUUUGAAGAUUCAGAUGGAAAAGAAGAUGAGAAAGAUGGAGAUGUAAAGGAAGAUGAAGACAUAGAUGAAAAGGUGUUUGAAGAUGAUGAUUCCAGCGAGAAGUUUUUUGAUGACGAUUCCAGUGACAAAUUGUCUGAUGAGAGAGGGACUGUGGGUGGUUUAGGGGAUGUUAAGGAGGAAGGACCCUUGUCCACAGGCAGCAGCUUUGUUCUCGGUAGUGAUGAUGAUGAUGAAAACGACACUAUUUAAUCCCUUAAACUUGCUUUCUAGGGAGAUUCCAUCUCCAUUUUGCCUCUGCUGCAGGGUAAUUACUCAUAGUGUUACAUGAACGUGUGCAUAGGGGUAGGAUGCCAUCUGAUUAAUGCAGUGAAGUGUUCAUGGUUACCUGUACCUAAUGAUUUUAAAUAUGUGUUCAUUGGCUAUUCAGUUCAAACUCCAUAGCAUAAUGCAAGUUAAUGUACUCCUCCUCCUCUGUCAGAUUUGUUAAGUGCAUGCAGAAUAAUAUUUUUUUAAGUGUUCUGAUUUAAGUUUGUGACACUCAAAAAUAAAGUUGUUGAUAUGCAGAAAUGGAAAAAAAAUCAAUGCAAAAGCCUGUCAGACACUCCAGUUUAUUGAAAACACAUUCUACUUUUGCAAGUAAAGACAACAUAGAGGAUAGAGUUAAGAGCUAAGGAAAUAUUAUUUCCAGGCUUUAAACCUAAUUAAGAAAGAGCCAAUUUUCCACCAUUUAUUCAGACAGCUUCAGGUAGAUAACUUGUUUCUUCAGGUUCACAGUUCCACAGAGUGAGAACUUGUAAGAUAUCAACUACACUAUAUCAAUUUACAGCCUGGAGUUUACCCACAUCUGGAUCUGAUUUAGAUUUUGGACUUUGUACUGAUGACAUGAUGAGAUUUGGUUGCAUACAAGGAGAUUAUAGGGGCUUUGGACUAAUGCUGUACAGAAUUCUACUUUUGAGAACUUUGGAAAGAGAUGACAGUAUUUUGUAUUUUAGCGAGAGAAUAACUGUGGGUCCACACAUUAAGCUGUGGUAUGCAGAAUUCUAAGAUGGUCCCCAAGAUUUCUAGCCCCUAAUGUAUGCACCUUGUUUAAUAUCCUCCUCUUGAGGGUGGGCAGGACCUAUGAAUAUGAUGGGACUGUGGCUCACUUCAUUCGUUUACCUUGUGUAGCAAAGGUGAUGAGAUAGUUGUUCCCAUGAUUAAAUGAUGUUAUAUGACAUCUUCAUAGCAAACUGAAAUGGGAGUCUUCUGCUGGCCUACAAGAAAUAAGCUUCCUUGUGAUAGGGCCAUCUGGCUAUGUAGUGAAGGCAGCUUUUUGUAGUUGAGAGAAACCCAGAAUGACUGCUGGCAAGAAAAUACCUCAGUUCUAUAGGCUCUUGGAACUGAAUUUUGCCAAUAAUGUGAAAAAACUUGGAAACUCAAGAUGGGAAUGUAAUCUACAUGACAACUUGAUUUCCUCCUGUUGAGACCCCAAGAGGUCUCUGCAUUAUUUGCAGAAAUGACAAGAUAAUAAAUGUAUGUAUCAGUUCAGUUCUGUUGCUCAGUCGUGUCUGACU